UGAUGGUGCUGUCAGGGCGCCGACGCCGUGAGGCUCGGGCAGUUGCCACCGGGAGGACUUGGGUGGUGGGGCCGGCCUGCGGUCAGCUCUGCGGCCCGCUUCGCUCGCGUCCAGCCUGGUGGCCGCCCCGUAGCUCUCGGCUCCAGGCCGUGGGCGAGGCCGGUGUGUGGGUGCGCGCCGCGAGCGCCUCGGAGGGGCCGCGAGAUGCAGCCGCCGGGCCCGCCCCCCGCGUACGCCCCCACGAACGGGGACUUCACCUUCGUCUCCUCUGCAGACGCGGAAGAUCUGAGUGGUUCAAUAGCAUCUCCAGAUGUCAAAUUAAACCUUGGCGGAGAUUUUAUCAAAGAAUCUACAGCCACUACAUUUCUGAGACAGAGAGGGUACGGCUGGCUUUUGGAAGUUGAAGAUGAUGACCCUGAAGAUAACAAGCCUCUCUUGGAGGAAUUGGAUAUUGAUCUAAAGGAUAUUUACUACAAAAUCCGAUGUGUUUUGAUGCCAAUGCCAUCACUUGGUUUUAACAGACAAGUGGUGAGAGACAAUCCUGACUUCUGGGGUCCUCUGGCAGUUGUUCUUUUCUUUUCCAUGAUAUCAUUGUAUGGACAAUUUAGGGUGGUCUCAUGGAUUAUAACCAUUUGGAUAUUUGGUUCACUAACAAUUUUCUUACUGGCCAGAGUUCUUGGUGGAGAAGUUGCAUAUGGCCAAGUUCUUGGAGUUAUAGGAUAUUCGUUACUUCCUCUCAUUGUAAUAGCCCCUAUACUUUUGGUGGUUGGAUCAUUUGAAGUGGUGUCUACACUUAUAAAACUGUUUGGUGUGUUUUGGGCCGCCUACAGUGCUGCUUCGUUGUUAGUGGGUGAAGAAUUCAAGACCAAAAAGCCUCUCUUGAUUUAUCCAAUCUUCUUAUUAUACAUUUAUUUUUUGUCCUUAUAUACUGGGGUGUGAGCCGAGGCAUACGUGAGUAAAGAAGAUAAGUGUGUGUGUAGUCUGGGAAUUAUUGCCAAAGGGAUUCAAGCAAACCUGUGCUGGUCAAGCUUGAUGUGUUUCAGACAUGGCGCAGGUUUAGGAUCUUUCUAAAACAAUGUUUUUUGUAUUUAGCUAAUUGCAGUAACCUGGGACUUUUUGGUCAGAAUGCUAAAUUCUGUUUGAUUCUUCAUAUUCCAGUGAAUAAAAUAUAAAAACAUUGUGUUUUUACGAUUGUGUCAAUAUUCACGUAAAAACUUGUGGCAGAAGCACCGGGAUUCGUAAUUAUAUUUCUCUUGAAGGGUAAAUUUGAUAACAUCUUGAUAACCUGAAAGUGCAAUUUUUUUCCUUUGAAGAAUUUUCUCCUGUAUUACAGAUCCUAUAGAUAUGUAUUUAUAUUUAUACGUAUAUAUUUAUGAAAUAAUUAUUCACAAAAUAUAUUUCUGGAUAGCCUAAAAAUUAAAGCAUUUAAUCUGAUGCUUAACACUUCAUUAAAUUUGGCUCAUACUCUUUUUUUAUUUAAAAAUUCACACCUGUUUUUUAAAUGGUAUAUAAAUUUGUGAAAAAUAGUUACUGAUAUAGAUUUGGUUUAUUUGGGUAAAUUUUUAAAAACUAUUUUUGAAUUUCCAGACAUCUGAUGAAAAGUUUCUGGUACUCUUUCUGAUUUAAGGGUAAGAGGUGUAAUGAGUACAACUUUCAUUAAAAUCAUUACUAUUUAGGAACACAGAAUAUUUAUAGUAUCAGUAAGCAUUUUUGAUCAGAAAAGUCAUGGGAAAAAGACCUUUAAAAUGUUGUGGUCCUGAACUAUGUUACAAGAAGUAGAAGACAAUAAAAUGCUUGCCAGCUGUGCAUUUAUUUUA